AUGCUUCAUUUUAAUAUCAGGUAAAGUAAACCAAAGUUAAUGUUCAAAUGUUGGAUAGCUCUUUCCAACUUAUAUAAUUACGAAUAAAUCACACUAUCCAGCGGAUAAGUAUCAGGGAACUCAAUUACACUCUCUAGCUGAUAGAGAUUUAUCCAGUGGAUAGCGUUAUCCAACUUUUAAACAACUUGAGCCAGGACGUUGGAGGCCACAGGCAAACCAUUCUAGACCUGGGUAUAGGGUGAUAUUUCUGGAAUACCCUUCAAUGAGCUUUACGGUGCUACUCGCUUUAACAGUUUGCAGAUAAGAAAGAGAACUACGGCCUCAACUGUAAGAUCUGUAACAUGUCCUGCCCUGGCUUACUACCUUAUAGCUAUUUUUGUGGCAGCCUUUUGUUUAACCGCUGCUGUACUUACAAAAGCGAACACAGACAAACCAUGCUAGACUGGGUCAGUUUGGUAGUCUUAGAAUAACCAGUUAUGAGUUGAUUUUAUUCUAGUUUACUCAAAGUUUAUAGUUUUGCUGUAAGAGAUGGCGCCAAUAUCGUAUACAUUAAAUUUCCAGAUCUUCAGCAAUUAUUGGAAGAGGCUGGGUACGAUCUGAAGAAUUAUGUAGAUCAUUUAAGACGGAAUUAAAAAAAAAAAAAAAAAAGCAACGGAAUUAAAAAAAAAAAAAAAAAGCUUGUACCAGAAUAAUUGAAACAAUAUCGCAUUCGUUUUUACACGCGUAAGUUUUCUUCAAAUACUGAGGCGCGGUCGCUAAGCACGCAGUGUAUUCUCUUAAAACUUUUUAGGGCUAACAUUCUCAUUUGACAAGAACGCUCGGUUAGAAAGACUUUGAGUCCGACCGAGGCAAAGUGUGUUUUCAGGGUUCUUUAGGGAGUAGUUUGGCUAUUUCUUCUACGCUUAACGUGUGGAAUUUUUUCGCCAUUUUCUACAGCUUUAACAAACUUCCUGAGCUGCGCAGCCUCGUUCCCAGAGCUACUCGGUUGCCGUUUUUCCUCCCUCUAACGUUUCCCAGAUUCUUUUGUGGACCUACACAUUCUAUGAAGUAAAACAUAUGAUAAAGAAGUUCACAAUAAAGAAACCUCGGUAUAGCGAACAAAUUUUGUCAGUUCCUUGACAACCCCCCCUCCCCCCCCCCUUAUCCAGGUUUCACUGUAUUUACAAGUUUAUUAAAGAAGAUGUAAUCUCCACAACCUUCUAACUAGCCACACACCCUUUCUUUACCCCUGGUAGGUGUUCUAUUCUUGAACCAGGUCCCGUUGGAACAGAAUUAGGUGGAAACAUGGAAGCUUGGCACAAGAAAUAUGACAAGCCAACUGCUGACGAAGAGUCUUCAAAACUGCUUCAAGCCUUCACAGGGAAGUUAUGGCCAAUGGCCCUUAAGCAUAACCAAGAUGUCAAGGAAGUCGCAGAGAUUGUGAAAACGAUCGUACUUAGCGACAAGCCAAACCUACGAUAUCAAACAAAUAAGAAUUUCCACCCCGAUGAAGUAAACGCCAAACUUGCUGAUCCUACUGGCAAUGUUAUAGUUGAUUUGAUGGUCAAAAAGUACUUCGAUAAAGAAUAGUUCGUAUAUAGCCCGCAUGGUCAACCAGUUGAUGCAUGGAUGUUAUUCUAGAGUGUACAUCGUUUAGGUUUUGUUCAUUUGAUUGGCAAUGGAACAUCAUAUAUGUUUAGCAUGUUACCAUAAUCUUAUGAAAAUAUCUGAAUAUUAUGACCUUCCUGAUUUUGAUCCUAAUAAUUUAAGUGAAGCUAAGAUCAAACACUAUAUAGAUAUAAUAAAACAAAAAUAUAUGACAUAUUGGCAACAUACAAUCUAUCAUUCUAAGAAACUACAACUUUACAGCUUAUUUAAACGUGAUUAUAAAAUUUAAGGUUAUCUAGACCUAAUUAGAAAUUCAGCCAAUAGGAAAGACUUAGUGAAAAUUCGUAUAAGUAAACACAAACUCAUGAUUCACUGAAACUGGAAGAUAUAAUCAAAUAGAUUCUGUCCUAUUUGUAACUCUGGUAUAAUUGAAGACGAAUUUCAUUUUCUCUUCCAUUGUCCAAAAUAUUCAAUCCCAAGGGAGAAAUUCUACAAUCAAAUCCAACAAAAUUUUGUCGACUUUAAUCAGCUAUCUUACAUAGAAUUAAUAAUUAAGUUGAUGAAUUCACAGAAUUUUUCCGUAAAUUCACAUUUGUUGAAAUUUGUCUCAUUCUGUAAUGAUUUACGUACUAAUUUGUUAUCAAAUCAUGCUGAUGACACUUGAUUGACUGUAGUAUUCAUUGCAAUGCAUCAUCCUUGUGAUAGAUUGUUGUUGUUGUUGUUAAGAACCGAACUCUUUAAUGAUAUGGCUGGCAAGCAUUUACUCCAAUGGAGAGUGUAACUAAGUAUAGCAAAAUAAAUUUGAAAGAUUCAGAUUUACUGACGUCAAGUGUCUUCGUGGUCAUCUGAAGUCAUUUAUCUCCAAGACGUAAAAGGCCUGAAUAGAUCACACCCUAUUACGCUUUUUGAGUGUCAUUUAUGUUGGCUCGACCGUAGUUUUCAGGGCCAUUACCUUCCAAGUCUUACCACUUCGUCGCGUGCCCACUAUGUCCCGUAUCCACCAUGUCGAUUGCCCACUAUGUUGUAUGCCCUCAAUGUUAUGUGCCCACUUCGUCGCGUGCCUGAAAUCGCACUCGGUUCCAAGCCUCCUCUGGUAACUCGGAUAGCGCGAACUGGCCUGGGUACGAGGCUAAGUCCCACCGUCGAAGAAUCCGGAAUCCAGAACUUUAAUCCCGCCGAUGAGGGGGAAAAAGUGCAUAUAUACUUUUUUAUUUUCCUCCUCGUUUGUUCUCCUAAUUCCCUAGCCUGCGGACACAGGCGUAUUUCCGGUCGUCGCUUCUCUCCACCCAAAAGUAACGUCUGCGAACCCGAGCGACAGAACGAUUUCCGUGACGUAAAACCUUUUUUUUCAUGUUGGCUAAUCAGAUUAAAGCAUAGAACAAAGCUUGACUGAUUCCUCGCGAACUUGCGCGCUGGUAUGUCUUGGAUUUUGGCGAGAGUUACUAAAUACGACUAUGGUUGUUCUUCUUGUGACCUUUGCUUUCUGAUCCGUACGAAGACGUGCGUGAUGAAGUGAAGCGAAAAUGUGACGUCAUUUGGCAUCAAACGCGACUGUAAUUGGUUAGAUCUCGAUAAGGUGUCACUCAACCUAGCUUCAAAGAACUUGAUGCGCUCUAAAUUAAAACCCCGUUUAGCCUGCGUAGCAAGCGUUUCCGCGCGAGUUCGUCGAGAACGUCGGGACGAGAGCAAAAGAAAAAAGGAAUGACGGGCGAGGGGGAGGGGAAAGAAGAAACCUCCCCCUCCCUGUUCCACCUUUCUUUUUUUCGCUUCCGCUCUAACUUUCGCGCAAAUAACUCGAUUGGAAACGCUUGCUACGCAGGCUAAACCCCGUUUUAAACUAUUUUCUGUUUUAUUUUAAAGAAAAGGAUUUCCAUAUGGAUUGCUGCAAGCGGAAAAUAUAAGAAGUGCUCGCUGCUCGCGAGUUGUACUCUCUAAACUGCUCGCUGCUCGAAAAGCAAACUUUUGUAUCUCUUCUCGCGCUCGCAAAAAAAUCGCAGCAGCGCUCGCAAGCUCGCGAAUGCUCGCAAAGACCAUUCGUCACUUCUUACAAACAACAGAAAUGAACUUUAAAAGACUAAGAGGCAAACAAAUCUUCAAAACCACAAUUGCAAUCCUUUUCAAUAUCUUCUUCAAGUUUGUUCAUCUGCGCCUUUCUUUUGUAGUCAGUUUGCUGCGUCAUGUAUACGUUUAGCAAAAAAAAAAAAUGUAUACGUUAGCUUCUUCGAGCGGUUUUUCAUGUUUCACCCAGUUAGGUGGCAGUUCCGUCCUCUGUUUGAAUUUUGAUGAAUUCCGUGACGAAACUCCUUUAAGUAAAGCUAAGUAAGUUUGUUAAGUGUCUUUUAUCCUUAAGUUGUCUUUCUAAUUCUCUCUUUUUAUAUCCUUUGGUUCUUUUUAAGUUCCGUUUCUUCUGCAGGGGGGUUCAAGAGCUCCUCCUUGCCUACACAUCCUAUUUGGUGCCUAUUUAAUUUGUUUGUGACGCAUAGUUUCUUGCGUUCGUGUCACGCUCUAAUUGUUUUUAUUUUUUUACAAAAAAGAAAGGCCAAUAUGCAAAUCUAUGACUGACCCCGACCUCUCGUGGUUAUAAGGAUCCCCAGAUCAAAAAAGACAUGUCUCUCCAAAUCGUGCUCAUCUCUGGUUGUUCCAGCGGCAUUGGACUCGCUACCGCUGUGCUUCUCGCUAAAGAUGCAGAGAAACGCUUCAAGGUUUACGCCACCAUGCGAAAUCUGGCGAAGAAAGGACAACUGGAGGAAGAAGGGAAGGAGCAACUUGGAGACACUUUGAUUAUCAAACAGAUGGACGUGUGCAGUGAUGAAUCAGUCACGAAGGUUGUUAAAGAGGUGCUCGACGCUGAAGGGAAAAUUGAUGUGUUGUGUAAGUGGUUCCCGACAUUGAUAGUUUAUCCUUUUGACAAUAUAAAAGUUCCUUUUCAGUACUGUAUCGAAUUGCAUCGACCUCGCUAUAGUCUAACGAAUUUUUUGCGAAGUCUCAUGCAGGCGCGAUAACGCGACAGGACUCGCAAUACGAAAGGGCUGGUAGCUCUUUUGGAAGCCCUGACUCUAACUGUUGAAAGAGCUCAAACAUAAGUAAUCGAAAGAUGUUCUCUAGCUUACUGCUUUCUCGGCUCCUGUUUAAUAUUGCUGACCCAGGGCAAUUUAAUUCGCAAUAGACAAAGUGGAUAUUAUAUAGCCCGCAAUUUCAAAACAAUCAUAGAAGUUGCUUUGAGUUCGCUUUAAAGAGACUAAAAAAUGUUUGAGCUGCAAAAUUGUGACCUUUUUUUUAAAAGUUUUGUGAAUAUGAAACUCAACAAUAAGGAUUUCUGACUUUGUCAGAUUGAGCCAGGACAAGUAAGCAUGACCAAGCAAUAUGCAAAGUAGGGGUUACGAAACCACAACAGGAAUAUAAAGUAGUUGUUAAUCACCUUUGAAAAACUAUUUGCAGAGCAAACAGAUACCUCGCCUAUUACGCCGGGGGCAAAUAAAGUAAAUAAAAGGUGGAAAGCGGGAGGAAGGGAAUCGUCGACGGAACAAUUACGCAUGCGUGUCAGUGCUUAACAUUUUGCAGUGAAUAGACGAAAGGACCAUAAAAAAGAGAGGCAAGAAAAAAAGGAGGGUGGAAACCGGGAAAUUCAACGUUCCCGAUCUUAAUUGUUCAAACGCUUGCCAGGUUUUCCUUCCCUUCCCUUUCAAUGUUGACGUCGAAGACGUUUAUGCCGAAGCAAACGCGUGAAAUCAACAUUAAAGAACGCCGGAGGGUAGCAAUACGUGCAUUCAUGAAACGACUAAGUGUUAAUUAAUGAAUAUGUUAUGUUUUCCGGAAGUGUUUCAAUAAAUUAUGACCUGGAUUGCGUUCCCGGUCAUCACUGAAGCGCUUGCAAAGUUUCCCAUCCCUUUUCUUUCAAUGGAAGACGUUUAUGCGCAAGCAAACGCAAGAAACCAGCUUUGAGGGAGGGGAGGGUAGGGAAGCAACACGUGUAUUCAUGAACCGCCUAAGUUGAUGUUGUGUUUUCCGGAAAUGUUUCAACAAAUUAUGACCGGGAUUGAAGGUGCAGGAGGCGAGAUAUUUGGAUCUGCAUCAACCCCCUUCCACUCUUCUCCCCUGUUAUAAUGAACCAGGUAGGCCUGGUAACAAAACUAACAGUAAAUAAUACCUUGAUGCUCAACAGUCAACAACGCUGGAGUAGCAUUGUUAACCAUAAUGGAGUGUGUCCCAGUGGACAUGGCCAAGGAAUUGUUUGAAGUGAACUUCUUUGGCACCUUGCGACUGAUCCAAGCUGUGCUGCCAGGCAUGAAAGAGAGAAGGAGCGGCUGUAUAAUUAACAACAGCAGCCAUAUUGGAAUUGUUGGAGUACCUUUUAAUGAGAUUUACGCAUCUUCAAAGUUUGCAAUGGAGGGCCUUACUGAAGCAAUGGCUCCAACCUUGCUUCAUUUUAAUAUCAGGUAAAGUAGACCAAAGUUAAUGUUUAAAUGUUGGAGAGCUCUUUCUAACUUACGAAUAAAUCACACUAUCCAGUGGAUAAGUAUAAGGGAACUCAAUUACACUCUUUAGGGACCGUUCAUUUUUUAUGAGAGAGGGGGGGGCUGGUGGGAUUUGGGGGGGGGGGCACUCGAAAAAAAUUGGCUUGAAAGGGGGGGCGAGCCGAAAAAAAAUGAAGGAAAGAGGGGGGGGGGGCGGACGAAAAAAAUAGAUUAAAAAUAGGAUAAGAGAUGUUUACAAAUCGAAGAAAAAUUGUGCUCCGUUUAUUUAUAACAAAUAUGCUAAAACAGUUCCAGGGUAACAAGAAAACUUCUCAACAGCUUUUAUAUUUUAUAAGGACAGUGAACAUACCAUAAUAACAGUCUUGAAUAGCAACAACUUUCUUUUCAUUCAUAAAAAUGUUGUUGUCAAGCUCAUAUAAUUAAAACCAAUAAUUUGAGUCCUGAAUUGGAACUGACCUCGUUACCAGAGCUUUUCUCUGAGAAAUUUAAUGGGAGGGGCAUGAAACUACUACGAGGUGUCCCCUUCCUCAUUUUCGACGUUCUCUUCGAUCUCGUCGUCGCUGUGUUCCUCUUCUUCUUCCUCCUGUUCUUCUUCGUUGUCUUCCUCUUCUUCCUCUUCUUCGUCGUUUUCUUCUUCCUCUUUGUUCGUGUCUCCGACGUUUGAGCUAUAAUCUUCAGGAUGCAGGAAGCAAUACAUCCUGUUUCUUACUUCUGGCUUAAGGUUGGUAAUAAGCCUGCUUUGUGCCGCGUUGCUGAAGUAGCUUGAUUGCAGUAGGUGAGCGUUGAAUGCUGCAUCCCGUGUUAGCAACAAUGCUGCUACAUCUUCAACGUUUAUGCAAGCUUCCGGAAUUGUCAUGGAGGGAGGAUAAAGAAGACAAUUGGGAAGCUCUUUUGCAAGGGGAUUUGCAACGCAGAUAUGAUACACGCGUAGGACGUUGUUUGCAAACCGUUUGCGUUUUCUGCCCUUUGAUUUCCUACGGUUUUGUUUUAAUUUUCUUUUUUCUGACACAUAGUGUCCUGUUAAGCCCUUGAAGACCUGGUCAAAGGUCUUGACUUGACUUUUCAUUCUUUUGAGUGACGCCUUUGUUAAAAACAGCUUUCUAGCUUUCAACUUUCUUUCACUAAAUUACGUGAAAUGUAACAAAACGAAAUUUUAAUGCAGUAACUUUUUUAAUACCUUAUGUAUUUUUUUAUUCAUGGGGGGGGGGGACCUCCAAAAAAUUACUCUGAUGGGGGAGGGGGCAUGCGAAAAAAAUCGGAAAUUAGGGGGUGUCAUACAAUUUUCAAAUUACACUCCUCCAAAUCCCACCAGCUCCCCCCCACCCAAUAAAAAAUGAACGGUCCCUUAGCUGAUACAGAUUUAUCCAUUGGAUAGCGUUAUCCAACUUUUAAACAACUUGAGCCAGGACGUUGGAGGCCACAGCCAAACCACUCUAGACCUGGGUAUAGGUUGAUAUUUCUGGAGUACCCUUCAAUGAGCUUUACGGUGCUACUCGCUUUAAUAGUUUGCAGAUAAGAAACAGAACUACGGUCUCAACUGUAAGAUCUGUAACAUGUCCUGCCCUGGCUUACUACCUUAUGGCUAUUUUUGUGGCAGCCAUUUGUUUAUACCGCUGCUGUACUUACAAAAGCGAACACAGGCAAACCAUGCUAGACUGGGUCAGUUUGGUAGUCUUAGAAAACCAGUUAUGAGUUGAUUUUAUUCUAGCUUACUUAAAGUUUAUUUUUGCUGUAAGAGAUGGCGCCAAUAUCGUAUACAUUAAAUCUCCAGAUCUUCAGCAAUUAUUGGAAGAGGCUGGGUACGAUCUGAAAAAUUAUGUAGAUCAUUUAAGACGGAAUCCGGUGGAGAAAAACCUUGUACCAGAAUAAUUGAAACAAUAUCGCAUUCGUUUUUACCCGCGUACGUUUUCUUCAAAUACUGAGGCGCGGUCGCUAAGCACGCGGUGUAUUCUCUUAAAACUUUUUAGGGCUAACAGCGUGCGCUUAGUUUCUCAUUUGACAAGAACGCUCGGUUACAAAGACUUUGCGUCCAACCGAGGCAAAGCGUGUUUUCAGGCUUCUUUAGGGAGUAGUUCGGCUAUUUCUACUACGCUUUAACGUGUAGAAUUUUUUCGCCAUUUUCUACAGCUUUAACAAAUUUCCUGAGCUGCGCAGCCUCGUUCCCAGAGCUACUCGGUUGCCGUUUUUCCUUCCUCUAAACGUUUCCCAAAUUCUUUUGUGGACCUACACAUUCCAUGAAGUAACACUGUGCAUUUAAUCUAAGUUGAAUACGUUGCUUAAACUAAACUAUACCUUGUACAGCACGCACUACCUCGACAUAAUGAACCUUUAUGCUAGAAGUUCUCAUUGAGAUGGGAAAUGUUGCCGUUAGCUGCGAUGCGAACAGGACAAAGACAGUUUGUAGAACAGUUGAACAUAUGAAUUCCUUUUUAUUAAAGACAAUGAAAUAGACUUGUUGGAAUUAUGGAACACUCAGAGCGUAAUGUAAAAAAAUGAACCGAUCACACAGGUCAGGUAGAUCUAGAACACAUGCCGUCACUUAUAUAACUUACAAUUCUGAUUACCGAGAUAACAGUCUGUGCAAGCAAUACCUUUAUUCACCUUGUACUUAAUUAAUUACAUACUCACGUGAAAGAAUACUCCCUAUAACAAAUAUUGAAACCUAGAAUAAAAAAUAAACCGAAAAAAUGUUCCGUACAAUACUUCUUGAACUGUUCUUACCGUUUAGGCCGUUUAAAAAGACAGCAAAUAUCCGAUGAACUACGAUUUCUUAACAGAUCUUACCUGAGACCCAAACAAGAAAUGGCGGGUUGCUCCUAAGGGAAAAAAAGGCGCGGCAGCUAAUCGCUUGCUUAAAUCUCAAAUCGCUCAAGAAUGUGGUGUGCUGCUGGCUGAUGCCCGGCAGCAAUAACGAAGUCCUUGGCAUAACGAAUGAUUUUCUUUAUCCCAGUAAUUGUAAAACAUAUGAUAAAGAAGUUCAAAAUAAAGAAACCUCGUUAUAGCGAACAAAUUUUGUCUAUCCCUUAAGCGCCCCCCCCCCCCUUAUCGAGGUUUCACUGUAUUACAAGUUUAAUAAAGAAGAUGUAAUCUCCACAACCUUCUAACUAGCCACACACCCUUUCUUUACCCCUGGUAGGUGUUCUAUUCUUGAACCAGGUCCCGUUGGAACAGAAUUAGGUGGAAACAUGGAAGCCUGGCACAAGAAAUAUGACAAGCCAACUGCUGACGAAGAGUCUUCAAAACUGCUUCAAGCCUUCACGGGAAAGUUAUGGCCAAUGGCCUUUAAGGUGAUCCAAGAUGUCAAGGAAGUCGCAGAGAUUGUGAAAACGAUCGUACUUAGCGACAAGCCAAACCUACGAUAUCAAACAAAUAAGAAUUUCAACCCCGAUGAAGUAAAGGCCAAACUUUCUGAUCCUACUGGGAAUGUUAUGGUUGAUUUGAUGGUCAAAAAGUACUUCGAUAAAGAAUAGUUUGUAAAUUGUUAACAAGUUGAUGCAUAAAUGUUAUUCCAAGUGUAAGUCAUUAAAGCCUUUUAUAUUUGAUUGUCAAAUGGAAAAUCAUACAUAGUCAAGAAGUAAGUUUCCUCAAGACCCCGAGACACUUUCAUGAUUUGGCCGGCAAGCGUUUACUCGAAUAGAGACUCUAAGUGUAAUAAAAUAAACUUGAAAGAUUCUGAUUCACUGAUGUUGGGUGUCUUUUCAUCUAAAGUCAUUUUUCUCCAUAUAGGCUGUAUAACGCCUGCAUGGGUCACAGCGUAUUACACUUUGGAUGGGAUUUUUCAGGGCUAAUACGCCCCAAGUUUGACCAUUAAUCCCAGAUUGGAUCCCAGAUUCCUUGUCAGUGGAAGGGAUUGCCAUCGUAAACGGGAUUCCGGAUUUCUUGUGCUGAUUUCCCGAUUUCAAAGCCCAGGGUUAAGGAUUCCACAAGAAAAAAAAACCUUCCUAGUUUUAGGAUUCCACAAGCAAACACUCCCCGGAUUUUGGAAUCUGGAUUACCCUACAUGGGGUGAAUCAAGGUAGCCUGCGAAGUAUCGAGGAGGCGCUCGCACAUUCCCCUCGCGCGCUCUAUAAUUUAAAGAUAACCAAAAACCUAACUUGCUAUGCACCCAUCAUAAAAACCACCAUCAAAGCCACCACCAUCACCAUCAUCAAAGCCAUCAUAGUCGUCAAAGUUAAAGAACAGCACUCAUAAAAUUUUACCAACACUGUUAUCCCUAGCUUUCAAAAACAUCCGUCUCUCCUCGCUCUUUUCAGGACGUUUCGCUAAACGAGAUGCCCCUAGCACGGCGUCGAGGAGAGACGGCUGAAUUCGCCGGCUAUGUCAACCCCAACAUCAAUUUUUUAAGCAUUAUCACCUUGAACCUUUCAAUCACCAUGAGUCCAUGAUUAAUACCACCACCGGCGGGCUGGCCGUCAAACAACCUACAUCGCACCAUCGGUACCAUCAUCUUUCUUAUCAUUAUCACUAUGGUAACUACCGGUCAUCAGCUUAUCAUUACCGUAGUUACUGGCAUCCCCAUUACACUACAUAAGAAAUAUGUGUAUCGCAAACCCUUGCGAUUAAAAGAUAGAAAAAGAGCUAAUCGCCGAAGAGUUACGCUGCAGGUGGCUCAUUUUGAAGCUCGGGCGUGCCCAUAGAGGAAGACAUUGGAACAUUUGGUCAUCUUUCUGUAAAACUUAAAGGAACGCCUUGAAAACCGUCUAAAUACGGUAAGCCUACGGAUGCAUAGCUCGCGCGCCCGAAAUCCCCAUCCCCUUUCCUUUCGAAGGCUGAGGAAUUUCUUGUACCUGGUUUAUGACAGGCGCCUAUUACGUUCCGUCAACCCCUGUCACAAUGCCUCCAGCCCAGGUGUUUUUAGGUCUUUCGUCACGCGUUUCUGCCCCAUGAAUGAAUGAAUGAAUGAAUGAAUGAACGAAGUUUAUUGCCUGAAGGGCUUUUCAGUGCUACAAUACAAUAUUAGAAACCGUCAAUGCAUAUAAGUAAUGAAAUUAAAAAAAUAUGGUUUUAUAUUUACUUACGAAAAACUAUUUAUCUAAGUUUCCGUUUAAAAUUACUAUGAUACUGAAUACAAUGUUAAAACCUGCAUCGCAUUAUAAAAUCGCCAAAUAUAUAUAAGAUAAUAAAAAUAGUUACUAAAAGUAUUAUGUGUAUUCAGGAGAUCCCCGGAUUAAGGAAUUUCUGUAACAUUAUUUGCCUCAGGACCGCGUGACGAAGCCCACACGAGUGCGGGCUUCAGCAGAUAGUUUUUUCCUUUUUGGCGCCAAAAAAAAAAUUCCUGAUCGCAGGUUAAGUGGGAAAGAGAAAAUUGACCUCCCGGGCGUAAAAAAUAGUGGCAACCGAAAGUUGGUGCUUUAAGUGUUCUGACUCGACAAAUUUUUACAGCAGGAAAUAAAACAAAGGAAUUCACGUUCCUUGUGUGCGGUAGAAGGGUCCAUCAAGCAAGACAUCGAAGUCCGGUUGUUAUUCAUGACGUCCGGGACGUCAGCGAGACUUAAACUAAGUAAAGCUAGCUGAGACGUCAAAUUCGAUCACUUAAGACCUGGCUUUCUUCGCACGCGAAUCAACAUAGGCAUGUCUUCACAGAUCGUGCUGAUCUCUGGUUGUUCUAGCGGCAUUGGACUCGCUACCGCUGCGCAUCUGGCUAAAGAUGCCGAGAAACGCUUCAAGGUUUAUGCCACCAUGAGAAAUCUGGCGAAGAAAGGACAACUGGAGGAAGAAGGAAAGGAACAACUUGGAGACAGUUUGAUUAUAAAACAGAUGGACGUGAGCAGUGAUGAAUCAGUCAAGAAAGUUGUUAAAGAAGUGCUCGACACUGAGGGAAAAAUUGAUGUGUUGUGUAAGUGCGUGAAGUACUGUUUUAUUUUCAGACUUAGAUAGUUUAUUUAUUUAUUUCAUUUAUGCUCCUUUUCGCCAACGAAAUGUACUUAACAUCAUUUUAUAACAAGGGGGUCGCGAUUGCAUCACAGGUAGGUAUGUGCCCCUUGGGCACUAUGAAGGCCUGGAGAGGCCCUGCCCAAAAGGGUUACGUUUUUCGGGCUUACGUAUAAAAAACAUAAAGUGGUAGGAAUGAAAUUUGUGAUUUAGGUGUUCUAAAGUAAAAUGACUCAAACAUUUCGUGUCGACGCAUCUUAUCAGGCCGUAUCAAUUAAAUUUAUGAAACGUUACAUAAAAAGACUGUAAUAACCAACUGUUACAAGAGUAAGAUUAUGUUUUAGGUAAAGACCAAGCUUUAGACCGCAAAAAAAAAAAAAAGGUCAGAUAAAACAGCCCGCUGUUCUGUUAUGUUUGACUCCUGUUGACUGUGACCUUAACGAUUAUGUAACUGAUCCACACUCUUGAUUUUACUUCGCUAUUGUUCGGCUCAAACAAAAGCAGGUAUUUUUUUUUUUACUAGAGUGAUUUACUUAACCUUUGAAAUAGGUAGUAGAAUACUACGCGCUAUUAUGCACUAAUUCCGUUGUCCUCUUUUGUUCACUUGUAGCUAUAUUGCACUAGUAGUUUUUAUCUGUUUUUACGGAUCAAGUAAAAUCACUCUAUCAUCAUUGGAUUUGAACUGUUCUGAUAUUCCUAAGAUGGUAGAACCAAUUACAUUCGAUUUGCAUAUCAGGUUUGUAAAUACAUGUACCGAAAAGGUUGUUCUUCUGCUCUGGCGAAAACAUAAUAGAAACAACUAUUUCCAAACCUCAGAGCAAAAAAAUUUGGUAUAAACCAAACCGAAUAUUUCUUAAUCGCUCGAACUUCAACAGCGAUUCGGUUACGUAACAGGAAAUUGGAACGUACGUUAUUGGAGGCGGGUAUUUAAUUUCACGGGUACUUAAUUUCGCGAUGUUCUCGCGAGGUGUUAUUUUCACCAUUUCAAUAUCAAAAAAAGGGUAUAAUAAUUAUACUUCGCGUUCUCAACUUCACGUUAGUUUUUAAAAAGUCUGAGCUUUUUGAAAACCUUAUCUUUCUAGAUAAACUGAAACAAGCAGUGUAUGAAAUCUUAAAGGUCAAAUGAACCAAAAAAUUGAAAUAUUUUCUUUUGUCGCUUUACCUUCACCAAACACUAAAAAGAAACAUCCUAAGUGAGAUUUGGGUAAAGAUUUUUCUUCCCAAGCCUUUAUAAAAAGAUAAAAGAACAAAAUUCGAGCAUUUCCGAAGACUUCACGAAAACGUUUCUGAAAUGGCCGCGUGAUAGACUGGAGACUACGUGACGUCAAUGUUGGUCUUUCAGGGAGGAAAAACGUUCUGCGCAAGCUUGUGCCAGGGCGGAUAACCUUUAUCCACCCUGUUUCUGUGCAUCUUAUAUCGCCUGCGUUUGUUUGUCUCGUUCUGUGAGAGUUUUGACUGAGACUGAAUGAAAUGCACGAGGUGCGAACGUUUGCUCCUUGUAAAGGAGGGGGGUGAAUAGGUCCGCGGAUCUGCGGAUUUGGCCUUAAAAAGCUCACGGAUUGUGGAUUUCGGCGAUGAAUCGAGCGGAUUCGCGGAUUUGAAAAAUACCGUGGAUCGCGGGUCAGCUGAAAGUUUUGGCCCGGUUUCCGGAUUCUGUCGGUCUAGAAGUUCGGAUUGUGGAUCGGAUCAUCAAUUUUCGGUCGGCCUUGGUUAAUGUGCUGGUGUUUUGUCGGCUAACGCUCCACUUCCGAGGUUUCCAGAAGAGACUUUCUCGUGACCCGACGCAUAUACAUGUAUUCUAGUAUAGACAGCGUGACGGAAAUGACGUCAGGCAACCUUGUGCAUGGUGUGCGGAAUUCUUUUAACCCCGCUCCGCUGGUUCAAACAAAUCAAGAAGACUGUAUCUUUCGAUGCAACAACACGAUUUAAUGCAAUCCAACAAUCUACUGCGAAGUACAACUCUCACUUAACAACGUUCGUAAGACUACGAUCAACGUAACUAAACGAUCAACGAUCAACGAAUCGAUCAACUGAACGAUCAACGAAUCGAUCAACUCAACUAUGAACGAUCAACUAAAACAUUCUAAGUAUACAGUGGUUUUUCUACUAUUCUUGCGUAAGGCAGUAUUUUUACAUUAAUCACAUGUACAGUAAAAGUUCCCAUUGUAAUGUAUCUAAAUUAAGCGUCUAUUACAAAAUCGCACGUUCUUUCACCUUAUUUAGCCUAAGAAAAUACAUGCAGUUACAUCAUUUUAUAUCGUAAAUAUACUCGGACUUUGUCUACAUUAUUGUGAAAUCUAAUGUCACGAAAUCUAACUUCUCUGCGCUAUAACUGUCAAUUUCUAAUCAAUAUUUAAUCACAGAAUAAUCAAGUUUAGCAUCACCUAUUUCUUUCCCGACACAUGGUUCCUGCAUGGUGACACAUGGUUCAGGUAAUGGCGGUAAUGCUAAGUGACCUGACAAGAUCUGUGAAUGCGUUCGUGUAAAUUGUCUAAAUUGCAAAAUGGAAACUAGAACUAUCGAGUGUGUAGCCUUUUACCACGAAGGUGCCAAAGGCGAUUACUUUAUUCAAGAAAAUAAGUUUCGAUACUGCGUCGAUUCCAGUCAUAUGGGGAAGUGUAGUGAACGGCUACGCGAGCACGUUCGGUAGGUUUUAUAUUUGGUUUAUACAUGAAAUGAUAUCAGUUAUGUUCUUCGAAGCUAUUUCAGCUAGUUUGCUUGUCUUGAUCGUUAACUUAUUAGACCUUUUCACGGUUUCUGUCGCCAUAUUGGUUGAGGGUGAGAACACGGCAAAAUUUACAAUAAAUAUAUGGUAAAAGUCGGGAGUUUGAUGCUCUAUAAUUUGAGGAAAGUUGACAUUCUGAAAUUUCUAUGAUUUACAAACUAAAGAUACUGGUAAAACAGUUAACCAAUUGAAGGGCAUCGGAAUCAGUGAAAGGUUCCGGCAAUUCUACUUUUCUAGCAAAAGAUCAACUCUUCUACUUGAAAAGAGCAGAAAAAUUGACUAUCAGCAUUUAUUUUUCAUAGAACAACAUGCAAAAUUGUUGCCUUUUUUGUUAAUGCUAGUCGAUCAGGUGAAAAGUUAAAAAAAGGUACCUGUUUAGAAAAAAAAAAGCGGGUAUUUUAAGCUUUCGAGUGAAUGAUAUUUUAACGUCAAUAUUGUCCACUCUUCAUCCAUUUCUCACUUUACCAAACGAUGAUUUAAAGCGUGAAAGAGGUAUCUUUUUGUCGCUUUCAAGGGAUCUUACGAAAGGCACAAAAAGGUACCUUUUUUGCAGUUGGAAGUGAUGUUGUUAAAAGUGCGAAAAAGGUUUCGUACCUUUUUAAAAAUAUAAUAUAGCGUUUUCAAGCGUUUGGAAAGCCAGUCAAAUCCUACUGAUUGACAUAUGUCAACCGUUGGCACCUGUUGAGCUUCAAUGAACUAUGCACGGACUUUUUUAGGGGAUUCUAGGUGAUCCUGUUAAAAUUGAAAUGAUCUAUAAGAGGAGUCAGCGGAAUAAAAAGUUUUAGCUCCCUUCUUUUAGCCAAGAUCAAAAGCGAGAAACUAGAAGACAUCGGAAAAUACUAGCCACCAGCCAAAUGGAUAAAAUGGCUCCUGAAAAUGUAACGACUUCUGGUACUUUAAAACUAGUGGCAAAAAGGGAAGCUCAGCAAGCAAAAUUUUAAGCAUGGAGCAAAUGCUUUAAUCUGAAAGAAGUCCUACAUGUAGAGCAAAAGUGUUCAUUUUCCUUUUCCUUUAAGUCUAAACUAAGCGGGUUCCCAAGCGGAUCAUUUUAAUAACUGUCUUGUUUCGUGGGUGAUGUUUUUCGCUCCAGAAAGGUUAUUAGAGACUUCAGUCUUGGGGUUAUUUUUUGUUUGCUAUAAUAUAAAUUAUACAUUAAAUAAUUUAACUUCAGGUGCUUUUUGAGCUACAGGCCGAAGUAAAACCAUUAACAGCGAAAAUGUCACCAUACAUGUACCUUUGACACUCCCUAACUAAAUACUAAAGUAAGCCUGAACAACUGUCCUCUUCUCAGCCUUUUUGGACAGUAACCCAGCAUUUUUUUCCGAGAACUUUGGUAAUUUCCCGGAAUUUUUUUUUUCAGAGAAAAUAAAUAUUAGAAAUUUUCAAAUCGAAAUUUUAAUUUCUAUUUAAAAAACUCUCAAAAGUCAAAAUAAAAAAAUUCAAAUGCCACUGUUUAGACAAUUGCCUGUUGGUGUAUUAAAGCCAUUAGCAAACAUUCUUGCUGUUUUAACACUUACACGUAUCAUCAUCGCGUCAUCGCGCAUUUUAGUGAAUUUUUUUAGGGUGAGCAUGUUGUUCGUAAAAAUGAUGGAGCAUUAAGGUAAAGCAUUUUAGCGAGGAAACAAAAAGCGUUAUAAAUGCACAAGAGAAUGGCGCGGCUCCUCUUCAGGUUACUUAUAACUGACACCUGUCAUUCAUUGAUAACCACUAAACGUCCAGUGACAAUGCUUCCAGCUUCACUCCGAGACGAUCAAGAUGGCUCACACCCAUGCCAGAAUCAAGCAAGGGGAAUAGAUUUUAAAACUGCGACCUGACACUGUUCAUCAGUUACAGUGUCAAGCUCAGCAAUUGGUUUCAAACUUGUCCAAUAAAUAGGGAAUAUUUAUCUCUUGACUAGUGGAUUAGUAAAUUCAGACAAAAAAUUCAUAAAAAUGACACCAAACGGUUGACAUCUGUCAAUCAGUAGGUUUCUAAAUGGCUUCCCAUGGCUUGAAAACACUAUUAAAGGUACCUUUUUCGCGCUUUUGAGAACAUCACUUCCAACUGUCAAAAAGGUACCUUUUUCGCGCUUUUAAGAACAUCGCUUCCAACUUCAAAAUCGGUACCUUUUUGGGCCUUUCAUGAGAUCGCUUGAAACCGAAAAAAAGUUACCUCUUUUGUGCUUUAAAACAUCGUUUGGUAAAGUGAGAAAUGGAUGAAGAGCGGACAAUAUUGACGUCAAAAUAUCAAUCACUCGAAAGCUGAAAAUACCUGACUUUUUUUUCAAAAAAGGUACCUUUACUUAACUUUUAACCUAAACGACAAGCAUAGACAAAAAAGGUAACAAUUUUGCAUUUUAAUCUACGAAAAAUGAAUGCAGAGACUUAGUUUUUCUGCAUUUUUUUAACUAGCAGAGUUGACCUUUUUGUAAAAAAGUAGAAUUGCCGGAAUCUUUCACUGAUUCAUCGGUUCGCUGAGAAGCGAGAAGUCUUACUUUUAGUUUUGAGACAAAUUGGUUUCCCACUAACGGCAGCUCCAUUUUACAGACAAAUAUCUUCUUGAAAAUCGUCAAAUUAGUUGUUUUACCGACAGGACAUCAACCUUUCUUGUUUGGAGUUUCCACUCGCUUUGGGAGACAAGUUCGAAUAAACAACAGACUCAUUUCGUAAACGGUAAAGCUUCGUGCCAAGUGGCCCAUACUGCCGGAGCUUAUCCUGCAUGGUUUCCGUAGCAUUAAGCAGCUUGGAAUAUUUCUACUUCCCCCUGGAUGGGAUGCUAGUUCAUCGCAGGGUUACCCCCAGCAUCAUUUCGCCGGUGCCCAUUUAUACACCUGGGUGGAGAGAGGCACUGUGAGAGUAAAGUGUCUUGCCCAAGAAGACAACGCAGUGCCCCGGCCAGGGCUCGAACUCGGACCGUGCGAUCCAGAGUCCAGCGCACUAACCAUUAGCCCACAGCGCCUCCCACAUUCAUUUCGUAAGAUGAGAGUUAUUUUCCGUAAUCACAUCCACUGGACUGUUAUACUGGAUUUUUGGGCCCUCACAUUUAAUGUUAGGAUUGACAGCGACUCAUGAACUAUAAAAAAAUCAAAUUUACAAAUUGAUCGGUGAAAUGAUAAACUGGAUUUUGCUCCUUAUAUUUAAUGCUAAAAUUGACGAUCAUUGAGUGCAAAACAAACUACGAGUAAAUGAAACUCUGUAUUUGCACCGGAAAACAAAUGCAGUUUGCCGUGGCUAACCCUUUUACCCGUCUGUUGCCAAGUGAAAAAGAUUAUGGUCUCAAGACUUCCAAGAUGAACCAUGGAAAAUACUUACUGGUAAGCAAAUUACCAUGAAGUUGAGUUCUGCCUUUUCCGAAUUUUGUGGCUCGACUAGAAGCAUGUCCAAAGUGAUGUCAGUAAGCAAAUUUAUUGAAAAAUCUUUUACGCAAUACCAGAUACUUUCAUUUUUCAAGCUUGCAGACUGUUUGAUUAGUCAAAUCUGUAUUGUUGGAAGAAACAUUAUAAGCUCUGUCCUUAAUGCUUAAUGUUUUGAAACUUGAACGAAAACUUCUUUAACAUGAAGUCCCGCAUCUGUUGCGAUUACAGAACAACUAUAUUAAGUAAUUCAUUUUUUCAUGCUACAAUGCUACUUUCUAUAUACCAGGAAAAAUUUUUCAAGUAAGACGGAUUCGGAUUCGAACCAAAAUUAAGUCGGAUCGACGGAUCGGGCCUAAAAAUACCACGGAUCGGCGGAUUUGCAUACCCCUAUUCACCCCCCUCGUAAAGGCUUUUUUGUUUUUGUUGUUGUUGUUUUUUCGUUGCUUGAAAAUUACUUUGGAUUCAGACCAACCAAUGUUAGAGUAAAAACAGAUCAUUCCGUCAGUCUGAGGUGGAAUAAAACGUUUUGAACAUUUCCAAACAGGUUUGUAUUUUUCUGAUUCGAUUUGUGACUUGAUUUUGUGUCCAGUGCUUCACCUUCUUUCGCCGGGUUGAAUUAAAACCUGCUUGUAUUCUGUUAUUAGUAGUUAUAGUUACUUUUUUUAUAUGCCCAAAUUUAUUUACCUUUGCAGAACCAGCUUUAUCCUUGUCUUCACUGAGUCAAAGAACCGUAACGGCUAAUGCAUGCGAGUGAACAACCUUGUGCGCUUUUAAGCUUUUAAGUUUUAACUAUGAAACUUUCUCGGAACUUUAGAAGAGCAGCAAGCUUACUCGAGAAGAAAAGACUACUUCGAUCAUUUUUCUGUUGCUCAAGUAAUAACAGUCAGAGUUUUUUUCCUUUAGUUUUUUUUAGUUUUAAUUCCAUAGUUUUGUUAUCUUUCUGUACGCAAAUCUUCCUUUCAUUCGCUUUGAAGUAGCGGAGAACCUGGAGAACGACAACUGCCGGCAGUGACUCCAAAACAAUCGACUCUUUGCCUGUAAACAAUUGCUCAGGGAGUUGGAUUUGACUGAAGCGAGCAAAACAAAUCCUUAUGUCAGUUAUGUGCAGUUUUCUGUAUUUUCUAAUAAUUCAGUUUGCUGAGUUUAAUUUGCUUGAAUGAAGACCCUCGCUUGGACCAGUUUUUAAAUAUAGCUAAAUGGUGAAUCAUGGAUUGGGUGCGAAGCUUGCAACUCAUCUUUUGCUUUUAAGAUCUUUAGUUAGGUUAUUUUGCACAGAAAAUUCACUUCUUCAUUGUCAGCGGGUAUAAGAGCCUUAAGCCUUAUGUUUUUUUUGAAUGAAAAUUUGUUGUUUUGCAACCUUAUCACUGAAGCUUUUUUUUUAGUUCACUUAAGCUGAAUUUUAUGCAUGAUGGAUAUGUUCUUUGCUUGUCGCCUCUCUUUGCGAGCUUAAAGUGGCGUCUAUGGUCCUUAAAGUGACCUCGGUCGGUAAUUAAAUCAUAUACAUAACUGGAGAGAAGUUUUCGCAAUAAUGUAACUUCAACUUUGUUUGAAGGAAAUUUUCCUUGGUUUUUGACAGGUGUUAUGCAUGUUCAACUUGACAACACAAAGGAAACUUUAUCUGCGCGAAACGAUCAAGUUUAAAAAACUGUAGUUGCUUUGAAACCGAUUUGGGGAAGAUUUUACUAGAUAAAGAUUAACUCUUUUUCUGCCAACAUAUCAACGCCAAAACUUCUACAUUGAGGAUUUUGUUUAUAUUUUAGUGCUUUGCGAAGCGCAAGUGUCCGAUCGAGCGUGGGUUUUAAAAUAUCAGCUCGAGUGCAACAAAGUUCAAUAACUUCAAAAACAUUUUGGGCAAGCGUGAAUUUCUUUGGACAAAUCACUAUACAAAGAUAUUUUGUUUUUUGUGUCCACAGUGGAGCUCCAGACCUUAUAUAUCCAGAAACGUCCUAAAAUGAACACAUUUUGUGAAUACAUUUUGAAAAAAAUCGGACCUAUGCACGCACAUUUCCAGUACAGUGCAAGGAACUUAAUGCCGUUGUGAAAGUCUGUUUUACUAUGAUGUAUUCUUCGAGAAAUUAAAAUAAUAAGGUUAUAACCACAGCUUGUAACUUUUGAAGAAAAAUUGCUUGUUCUUUCUAGGUUUAUGGCCGCACAAUCCACCACAAUUUCUGCGCCAAGUCGACUCGUAAAACACUGUUUUGAAUUUCCCGCUUUUUUUCACCUGACCAACAUUGACGUCACAAACUGUUCUUAACGACAAUUUUUCCGACCGCUCUACGAAGAUAAGGGCCAAAAAAUAACAAUUUUUAAUUGCAAAUAUCUCGGAGAUGCUUGCUUCAAUUGAGCUGAAACUUCAUAGUAUGUUUAUUCGGUUCAUAUUAAACAUAUUUCACUAGAAUUGAACUAAAAUAAAAAAUGUCGAAUUUUUGGUUCGUUUGACCUUUAAUUAAAAUUAUUACCGUUGUUUCACAACUGAAGAUACAAAAUGGAACGUACCAGUAAAACAAGUUAACAAAUUGUGUAUUUGUCGAUAUAAUAUCCUGUAUAUGUUAUUGCUAUUACAUGUCAGUAACAAUAUUUUCUCUGUUUUGAAUUAAUUUACAUAGGUUUUGAAUUUCGCGUGCUUAAAUUUCACGGCGAUUUAAAUUCGCGGGUCUUUAAUUUCGCGAAUAUUUUACAAUCGCGAAAAACGCGAAAUUAGAGACCCGCGAAAUUAAGUACAUUAAUAAGGUAUUCCAACAUGAGGAUUGUAGAUGGCCGCGCGGCUACCCGCGUGCCAGCCCCAUGCGAAGCGAACUAGUCAUUACUUGAGAAGCGAAAGACUUAGCGUGAAGCGCACAAGACGAGGGAAGGCGGAAAGAAUUUUCCCUCCCCUUGUCUCGCCCUCUGUGUACGCCCCGCUUGCUCAUAAAGCGCCUGCCGUGCAGGCUAAUCCAGUCGUUUGACCUGUUUCUAGUAUCAGGGACUUUAAGAUACACCGUUUCUGCCUACAGGUACGGUUAGGCGAACAUAUUUGCCAGCCAGUUAUACAAAAGGCGACUAUGAUUUCCCAGGUGAGAUAAUGCCAUCACUGUUCCACCUGGUAGCCUACCCGUUUCUCCGGGGUAAGAGGCCAUAUACCGGUACAUGUAUUUAAUUACAGCUACGCCUACGAGUAAUUUACCCGUAUCUGUACACGGAAACGGUGUACCUCUACUAAUGCAUGUUGGUAUUCAUCAGUUAAUAAUGCCGGACUGGGAUUAAUUACACCAUUGCAAUGUACUACAAUGGAAAUGGCAAAGGAAUUGUUUGAAGUGAACUUCUUUGGUACCCUGCGACUGAUCCAAGCUGUCCUGCCAGGCAUGAAAGCGAGGCAGAAUGGGUGCAUCAUUAACAACAGCAGUCAUGGUGGUAUUGUUUCUUGUCCCUUCCUUGAGCUUUACUGUUCUUCAAAGUUUGCAAUGGAGGGCCUUAUUGAGGGGAUGGCGCCCUUGAUGCUUCAUUUUAAUAUCAGGUACUAAAUGUACGUUUACUCGACCACAGAAUCCGCCGUACGGAAAAAGAUUGCGACAGUACAUUUUACCACAAUUCCUUUCAAAGUCUAACACGGCCAAUUAAACAUAAACUCAUAUUUUGAGGGGCAGGGGUGGAAGGGAGGGGGGGUGGAGGGGGAUUUGUCCGUUUAAAAGAAAGUUGCCCGGGCGGGUGUUGGAGGUUUUUAAAAUUGUAUUGUUUAGAGGUGGGUCGGGGUUGUGGCGGGUUGUGGGGAUUGGGUUUUUAUUGCAUUUUUUCAAAAACAAAGUGAAAUUAUGACCAAGCAACGCGCAAAAACAAGGAAAAAAAGAAAAAUAUCACAAACUAUUAUUUAAACCGACGUACUCAAACAAAGAAGAAAACACAAAGAGAGAGAGAGGGGGGGGGGGGGGGGGGGGGGGGGGGGGGGGGGGGGGGGGGAAGGAAUUCGUCCCUGUAAUAGCAACCUUGCCCAGCCUAGGUUCGAAGUUUAUAAAACUUUUCUGUGCGUUUUUAUGAGCAAUUUUAUGGUUUUCAUACGCUAAGAACUGUGGGUAGAUGUACCAGUCGCCAUCUAUUUAGGUACGGUCAAGAGCCAAUUACUUGGUAAGGUGAAUAACCCUUGAAAAAAAUCGUUAAUUAAAACAAUAAGAUUAAAACUUUUUACCCCAUUUACACGCCCCCAAAAAUCUGCACGGCACACAAUCUGUGUAGCCUCGAGAGGAUUGUCCAAUACCAAGAGCCAUAAUAUGGCAAUAGCUAUAAUAUGACUAUGGCUAUAGCCUAUUAUGGCUCUUGGUACACUGCAUGAUUGGGGAACUGGUUGGCUAUCAGGCUCUUUUUUGCUGUUGCUCAGUCAAGUGUAAUUGUGAGGUGAUUGCAAAUGGCCAUGGCAGACUAUUUAAUUUUGGCAAAUUAUAUAAAUGUUUCAAUGACCAUCUAAUCUUCUCUUCCUCGGUCCAACGCACACCACACACAAAGAAAGUGUCCCUGGUCCCCGCGACAGAAACAACUGUUCCUCCAUACAGCAAGGCCGGGGAAAGCGGAAUUUUCUUCUUGUGAUUAUCCAAUAAUAUUGCCAAAAUAAUUUAUGCAGUUAUCUUUCAUUGGCUGGCAGGUGUGCUAUCCUGGAACCAGGUCCCGUGACAUCAUCAAUUUUUGGCAAUGUGGAAGCCUGGACAAAAAAGUAUGACAGGCCAACCACUGAUCCGAAGACCACAGAAAUAUUUCAGACCUUUGAACAAAGGUUUUAUUCGGCAUUUGAUGAGAACAUGGUACAAAGCGGAAGUGAAGUCGCAGAGAUUGUGAAAAAUAUCAUACUCAGCGAGAAGCCAAACCUACGAUACCAUACAAAUGAGAAGUUUAAUCCGGAACAAGUAAAGGCCAAACUCUCUGAUCCCACUGGUAAUGUUCUGUUUGAUUUGAUAAACAAAACGUAUCUUGUUAAAGAAUAGUCCGUAUUGCUCCUUUUACCAGCGCCGAUGGUCCUUGUUAUUUAGUAUGCUGUAUUCAUUUUGUAAAAUCAUAUGACACUGUAAGCAAACUCGUUCAUGAUUUGUCAAGCAAUAAAUGGUUCAAUCGUUCGUCAUUUUCUAGUCUGUUGCAAAUAGCAGUUUUCGUAACUAGAGGGAUGAUCACCACCAUGAUACUGCAGGUCGUCGUCACGAAAACCACAGUGAUGUUAUCACUAGUUAUCGCUGCCCGCGUCUGACAACCAUCUUCGACGCUAAUCAUAUCUCCAAGAUAAUUGUGAUCACAAUCAUUAAUUAAAUCAUUGCCAUUCAUCACUUCCAAUACCUACAACUAUUACAAGUACCACCAUUAUACUGUCUGUUAACAUUGCCAUUACCAUAGUUUUUAACACUAUCGGCAGCAUAUAAUCGAGAAAAACAACCUUUAAAUGAGUGUUUAUGAGCAUCACCAUCACUAUGAAAGCCACCGACCAUCAAGUCCGUAUUCAUAACGCACAAACGACUUAUUGACGGACCCAAACAAAACUGACAACGACAGAAACGACUGUAACUGACAAUUUGACUAACAAUAAAUGACUGUUCAACUGUGACAAAAAGACAGAUCGAAACGGGCCAAUGACAUUUAAGUCUUCAUAGCCAAUAACAUCACAGCUUAACUGACAGACGACCAAUGACAUUCCAACUUAAUUGACCAAUCAGGUCAUACAACUCACUUUGACUCUGAAGGUGACUAGCGUUGUCGAAACGUCAGUCACUGUCAACAACAGUCCUAUUCAGGACUACGCUGUGUAAGAGUAAAGACAAUUAGCAAUACAAAUUUGGCAGUGUCAAGGCGAGCGAUUUGCACCAUUUCUUCUGCUCUGCCAAAAAAGGCAACCUAUUCCCCAGUGCUUCUCUGUUAGCGUCCUAUUUUCUCGCGAUUACCCUGUACUUUUGACGUCAUUUGCCGAAUAUCGCAAACGUCUUCCAUAUUUGGUCAACGCUAGCUGGUUAUGGAUAAUUAGCCGUGGGAUUUGAGCCAAUCAGAAGCAGAAAUGUUUUGAAUGAAUUACAACCAUCAUGAUCAUCACCAACAUCUCUCAGAAAACAACAACAAUAACAUUCUGAUCGGUUUUGGGGUUCGAGGAGUGGAGCGGAGCUUCAUUAAACCAUGAACGCGGUAUAUUUUAUCCUAUAUUUCUCGUGUGAACGGACCGCUGGAUCCAGGAUACUACAUAAAAACUUUAUUUUUCACACUUGUUAGAAAAAAUGCCAUACUUUUUAGGAUUAAUGAAUCGAAUAAAAUUCACCUGUUUUUUGUUUGCACUUGCCUUUCAAUUAAUUUUAGGUACAAGAGACUUUCGCGUCCGUUAAUUUGAGCCAUUUAGCAAAUAAGUGCUCAUUCAAGUCAAUAUUGUGUCAUACUUGUCAGCCAUCAUCUUAUCUUCGGUCUCCUUCAUGCAAAACUCAUUAGAUAACAAAGCAGCUUUUUACAAUUUCGCGAAUUUCUCGAUAUCGACAAAAGUAGACUACAGGGUUAAGACAGGAAUUUAGGAAAACAAAAAAUAAAGACGCAUGGUAAGCUAACAGCAGGGACGUUUGCUUGCCGGUGAUCAGCAAUAAAACCGCAGAAAAGAAAUGCGGAAGAUAACAAACCAGGAAAACUACGUAAACGACCAAACUAUUCAAAGCAAAUCUCUUCUGUCGCUGUUGAUCCGGCGUGGACUGCUGGUUUCGUAUUUGAUUGUGAUGAUAUCUUACUGCUUUGUAAAUACGGAUAUAAGCCACAGUUGUCAAGGAAACUCCAAGAAAUACAACGACUGCAUUUACUAUACUAUUGCCUGCCAAAAUGGUAAUAAAUAGGGAGGCGGCGAUGCCACUUGUGAACCACACUGCUAUCAACGCAAAGCUGGCAAGCGUUGAUGUCACGAAUUCGCGAUAUCGAAGAUGCAGAUGUAUAGCCAGGAGUCUAUCGACAGCAAUGACUGAAAUAGUCAGAAACGACGCGCAACAGAGGAGAAAAAAGAUGAAGUAACAGGAAGUUAUAACAACUGGACAUAAUGAGGCAAAAUUAGCGUCUCCGUUCGAUUUCAUGUUCAACAUCACCGCGAUGAUAAUACCAGACGUUGAUUGUCCUAACGUUCCCACUGCAAGAUCCGACAAAGCAAGACUCAGGAAAAGCUUCUUCAUAAUGGUGGGUAUCGAUGAGCAUUUCCACAGCGCGUAAAUAACUAAAAGAUUUUCCACAACUGCCAGCACGGAAAACGCCAGGUUUAAAAUACAAAAAACCAGCAUACUAGUUCCGUGAAACUGCACAAGUGAAGAUAACUCAUAAAGCUUUUGAGUACAGAACUGAGAGACCAUGGUAAAAUAAAUUUAAGUCCUGCAGGUCUUGUUGGAGACUUACUGAGAACUAACGUGAACUUAGUAAUUGGCCAACCUUAUAGGCGCUGUAUAAAACAGCUUACUCUUGACAAGACAUGUCAUAACAGUGCAUUUAGGUUUUAAUCGUCAUCUUUAUACAUGAGUGUUUUUUCCUUAAAAGCAAACAUGGCAGGUGGAAUAUUGAGAAUAUAAGGGAACGUACAACAACGUACACUGAACGACGACGAAUUUUGAUAUCUGAGCGGAAAAAUCACAAAUGAUCGAGGAGUUCGAGAAAAGAUAGUCUGAGUUUUAUCAAGAGCAUCUCCACUGCUUUCGCAGUCAGUCGUAGUUCAGUAAGUUCGCCUUUAAUUUUUGUAAUCAAACAGUGAAAUUUUCUAAAAGCCAGAUAUUUAAAACUGAUUCUGUAAUAUUGUGCAUGUUUUCUUUGCUGGUUAAUGACGUCUCUAAAUAUUCACCUGGUCUACUUAUAAAGUCAAAAACUGUUAAAUGAUUCGGACACCCCAUUAUUACGGACAGUUUUCAUUAUCCCCGGGAAAGAAAGGCAUUAUUUUUUGUCAACUUGUUUAAUACGGACAUCCCUGUUAAUACGGACACUUUCUAUGGCCCCCUAAGUCCGUAUAAAGAGGCUUAAUUUUUAAGUUGACCCAGGUUAUUUAGUAUUCAAAUAAAUAUUUAAAUGACUUAAUCGCUUGUAAAACAUGUCAAUUUAUACAUGAAGCGUGUUGAGUUUAAGGUUCAAGUAAUUAACACAAACCCACUUCUAACCUGUUUCCACAAGAAAAAUAGAAGCACCUUAUCGACGCGAGCAAUGAAAAGUUUAUCUGAGCAGAAAUAUAUUUUUUUUCUUAAAAAUCAGCCUACUAUAUGAGAAAAUAUUAUUAUCUAUCUUGCGAGUAUAAUGUCUAAUGAGAAAAAUUGAGACAGUCGUAUACGGCCCAAAAGAAAUACUUUGCUCAAGCUAAGGUACUCUGUAAUUUCGCGAGGUGGCUUUGUCCAGUCUUUAUGCAUGUAGGUCAAAAUCAAAUCUCUACAUCAAUCGGUCCUGGACUUGUACAAUUUGUCUUGGUUCUUCUAUUUUACUGUCCAAGGUUACAAAGAGACAACUUGCAUAAUUGUGUAUGACAUCUGUCUCAAAAUAAUAGGAUGGAGGUUUUUCUGGUAACUUUCUUAGUACUGUCAUCGAAACUGGAAGAUGCCAUCGGUCCGUCCGGGGCUGAGCUAUGCUAUGAGACUGCGACCAAUGUCCCCGUUUCGUUAAAAAAAAAAAAAAAAAAAAAAAAAAAAAAAAAAAAAAAUUUAAUUAAAAACAAAAAAAAAAAAAAAAAAAAAAAAAAACAAUAACGAUUUAUCUUCAACCGUUGAGGGAAGUUUAAAGUAUCCAACCAGAAAUUCCAAAUCCUGUUGAGCUGGAACGCUUUUCAGUAAUAACUUUAACGUUGAUUCAGUUAUCGGCUGAGCGAGAUCAAUUUGUGGAGGUAAAACAAGCAACAAAAAUGUGCAAUUAGUUCUGCACCAUUGCUGCAAAACGAGUCGAAUAGCGACGUUGCGCAUUUUACCACCCACGAUCAAACCUGCCUUGCAACAAAUAAGGUGGUUACAGGUUGCUAAGAGUUGCUUCAGAAAGUGUAGGCUGGUUAUACUUUUUGCAAAAAAAUCUGUUUAUGUUGGGCUUCAGUUACCGGCCCAACGCAAACUUGUUUUGUAACUGAACAAGUGACGCAACUCCAGUGUAUGGCGCGACUCCUGUGACUUUUAUCCAGUCAGAAUUCAGUAUUCACGCAAGUUGCAACUAUAGUAGCUGAUUCAUUGCAAAACCGGUUUUAACGAGGGUGGCAAAACGAGCAAAAUUGCUUUUCAAGGCUUUCAAGUUGUUCGCAGCAAUGAUGCAAAACAACUCGCCGUUUUUGUUGCUCAUUUUUCCAAUAGUUUACAAUACACCUCUCAGUUGUCAUGGCAAUUUAAAUUGAGAAAUGCCUCUUAACUUUCAACUAACUUAAUCUUGGCAUGCGUGUGGCUGUUUUGUCAUCAUGACUAUUUCUUUCCUUUGAGCUUAUUAAAAGUGAAUCCGGCUUGCAUCGUUGCUUAUAUACAUUUAGUUGCUACGUGUUCUGUCGUGAAUUGUAAAAUACCUGUCGUAAAUUGUAAUAACAAUCGUGGUAAAUUGUAAUGACAGCUAGUUAUCGAGAAUUGUAAUAACCAAGCUAUCGUAAAUUGUAAUAAACGUUGUUGUAAUUUGUAAUAAGCCUAGCUGUCGUGAAUUGUAAUAACCGUAUUUUGCAAUACUUCAUAAUGUCAAGGGCUUAUCCACUGAAAUUUUCUUGUCAAUCAAAAACAUUUAACCUAUAAUGUAGCCAGCAUUAACACAUCAUACGGAAGAGUACAUUAAUUUUACCCUGCGAGCAGACGUUUAAGAGAGAAAUCUCUGCUCGCAGGGUAACUAAUACGGGCUCUUAAGAAUUAGCUUUACUGUGUGCGAAGUAACCUCGAUAUUUAGUGUUGUUACUUCAUGCGAUUUGAGAAUGGGAAGAACGCAAACAGCAAAGUUUUUGCGUCCAUCACGAACGCGUGGAGCGAAGCAGAAGUGUUCUGGGCGUGCGUAGACUGCGAGCAGUCUCUUAUUUUUAUUUGCAAAGUUACUGCACGCGAAACGUAAGCACGCGAGCGGCGAGGCCUCUUGUCGAGAGAAACGAGGACGUAAGCUCGUCUCGUCUCAAUCCCCAAAUAUGCAAUCGCGCUGGAUGAGAUAAGAACUGGACAGUUUUGAAGAGAAAAGGCGGACUGCAAGAAGUCUAGGGCGUGCGAGGCUCAACGCGCAAAACGAAAAUUUCACACACAGCGAGAGACUUGAUUUUGAGGGAAAAACAGACUGUUUUGAAGUCUAGAAAACGAUAAGCAUACCAUGAAAAAUUAUUCUAUAUAACGAACAAAAAAAAUUAACUACACAUAUCGCUUUAAGGGAAAGGGCGUGAAAAAUAGGCUCAUCAGAGUUAAUCAGCAUUUUACGCGACAGAAAGUGGUUACAAAUAAAUGACCUUGCUCGAUAUUGCUGCGUUGUGAUUGCCACCUCACUUAACAGAUAAUAUAUAUAAAUAACCAUUGACGUCCAGCCCAGUCAAACUCUUUAAUUUAAGGCUCGGCGUUAGCAGGUUUCUGACUAGGCGUUUUGUAUAACUGGCCAUUGGUGAUUUUAAAUAUCGAGCAUUUCUUAUUUCAUCAGUACUGCGCCUGCACCACGGAGCAUGACGCUAGAUUACAAAGUAAAAUUAUUCAGUCUUCUUUGUUCUGGAUCAUCAUGACCAAGCUUCUUACAAACGCAUAAAAUAGCGAAGUUCACUGACUCAGAGUUAACGAAAAGCGAUACAAGUACGUGUGAAGCUAAAGAAAAUACAAGCAAGGUAAGGUGCUGAUCUUUUUUCGAAUUCAUUCACUAGAUUUGGUACGUACAUAUUUCGAAUGUUAGGCUUCUGAAGAUUAUUUACAUUGAAAGCUUAAGUUUGGAAAUCCGAAUUUCAAUAACACUCAAAUGGUUUCUGUAGCAUCAAGUUACAGAUUUAAACCGCUAGCUCCUAAGGGUAAAAAAAAAAAAAACAUGUAUAGAUCUCCCAGUGGCAUUCUUUUUUCGUGACCACUGAAGUUAUGGAAGUUAAAAAUAUUAGCUUAAGUUCAUGUCAAGUAAUCGUGCCUGUUCGUCCCUGUCUAAAGACAGCGAGUUUUAAUAGUUUUUACGCAGGUGCACAGCAAUAUAACCAAAAACACCUAUAUCCGGCCACAACCGCAACGGGAAGUGGGUGCAAAGUUGUUGAUUUACUAAUCUACACCUACUGCUUUUUUGCCGUUCUCGUUGCCGAGUUGCCUAGAAAUAUUACCAUAGGAUAGAGACGAAUUCCUUUCUCUCUUUCACAGUGCUUUGUAACCUUUUAGCUGUUGUUUGGAUACACUAAAGACCGAAUCAGAUGGCUCCUCAAAUCGUGCUCAUCUCCGGUUGUUCUAGCGGCAUUGGACUCGCUACCGCUGUGCUUCUCGCUAAAGAUGCCGAGAAACGCUUCAAGGUUUACGCCACUAUGAGAAAUCUGGCGAAGAAAGGACAACUGGAGGAAGAAGGGAAGGAUCAACUUGGGGACACUUUGAUUAUCAAACAGAUGGAUGUGUCGAGUGAUGAAUCCGUCAAGAAAUCCGUACAAGAAAUACUCGAUACUGAGGGAAAAAUCGACGUGCUGUGUAAGUUGCCAUAAAGUAGAAGCUUUCAAUCCUCGGGGUUUUGACCCCCACCUCCCCAAGUUUUUAGGUUACCUUGCAAUAAUUUUCAGCGAUUUUAAACAAUUCACAGAAAGACGUGAUGAGAUCUAGAAGAUGUUGUAAACACAUAAAUGACCGCCAACUUCAUCUUAGGUGUUAUAAGACGUCAAAGGAGGAGCAAGUGAAGAAACGGAGGUCCUAAAUAUAUAUACAAGCCUGGGUUUUAAAAAGAAAAUACCAGAACUGAAAUAAAAAGGGGUGGAGGGUGGGGGGAGAGGCGGUGUAUCUUCUCAGCCCCGCGAAAUAUAUGUUGGGCCCAUGACAGCACCACCGUCGAUACCAAUUAGAUUGAAUAUUAAUAUUAUGACAACUAUACGUCAAUGUUCAACUUACAGUUAACAAUGCUGGAUUAGCAUUAUCGUCCCUGUUGGAGUGUGUCCCAAUCAACAUGGCCAAGGAAUUGUUUGAAGUGAACUUCUUUGGUACCCUGCGAUUGAUCCAAGCUGUUCUGCCAGGUAUGAAAGCAAAGAGGAGUGGCUUCAUCAUCAACAACAGCAGCCAUUUUGGAAUUGUUGGCCCGCCAUUCUACGAUCUCUACGCUGCGUCUAAGUUCGCCGUGGAGGGACUUACUGAAAGUCUGGCCCCUGCUUUGCGUCAUUUUGACAUCAGGUGCAGUGUUAACUCUCUGUCGCAAUAGAAUUUUUUUAUUCAAAAGAAUCCUAAUAUAGCCUGCGUCGCAGAAGAAAUCUAACCCCCGUUAGUAACGUCUGCGAAGCAGCAACUGUAUCCUUGUUCUGGGCUCCCUUGGGACUCAAAGAAUAACCGGAAGUGCGUUUCGAAUUUUCUUUCAAGCUGAUUGGCAAUUUGACAAUGGCCUUUUUAACAGGCCAAUAUGGUGGGUACCCAAACCCUAUAGUACAAGUAUGCAUAGGUGGGGCCUUGACCAAUUAAAAAUUUCAACGCUGUUUCGCAGGCAGACUUAACCAGAAGUUUAGUCUCUCCUGUGGCCCAGGCUAACCUUAAUACUGCUCUCCAGGUAACAUUAAAAAUCUGUUACUUUGAAAGUGAGGCAUGUUGACCCCCUUUCCUUAUAUUUCAUGAGUUUCCAUGAACUUCAGUUGUGAUGCCUGUAGAUCGUAGGCCAGAGUGGGAUCCAUCCUCGUUCCUUGGGUUUUGACCUAUUCGCCAUAGUCGGAGAGAGCCAUGGGAACGUAGUUGCGUUCGAUCUACACUUUAUCAACCCCAGUCUGCACGUAGCCAAGCCAAGUUUGAGCGGCUAGCCAUUGUCUAGCGCAACAGCCAGAAUAAAGUCAUAACUUGAGGAAAGGUUUCUGAACAAGGCUACAGAAUAAAAGUACAUCAAUUUAUUAAACAGACUGAUUCUUUAAUUCAGAGACAAUAGUACUACAACGAUAGAGAAAAGUAACUAUAUGUUUUGUAGGCUUUGACGGCAAUUGAACGCGACCAUUAAUUUUUAGUAUAAUAGAGCAGGCACCCGAAAAGCGCUCAAGAUCCAAGGUUCAGUUUACCCCGUAUCAUUCGGCAUCACUCAGCACAUUCAGAAUGUGCUUUGACCACGCAAAUGUGUCAACAGUUUUCCUUUCAAUUUUAAACUGUUUUUCUCUGUCCGGUUAACAGGUGUUCGCUACUAGAGCCAGGACCUGUAAUGACACCAGUAAUGGGAAACAUGGAAGCUUGGAUGAAGAAAUACGACAUGCCAACCGCUGACCAGGAGAGUUUGGAAUUACAGAAAACAUUUAUGGAAGGCCCUUUUUUCCAAGGGAUGCUCGCCAAUCUCCAAGAUGUAAACGAACUCGCUGCAAUGGUGAAAAACAUCAUACUCACUGACAAACCAAACCUUCGAUAUCAUACAAAUGCGAAGUUUAACCCCGAUGAAGUUAAGGCCAAACUUGCUGAUCCUACUGGGAAUAAUAUGGUUGAUUUGAUGGUCAAAAAGUACCUUGUUAAAGAAUAGUUUCAAACUUGCCGAACCUACUGGCAAAUUUUUGUUAGAAUAAUCUUAAAGAGGUUCUUACCAGUGGAUGAUUAAAUACAUGUGAAACUCUCUCUCGACACGCUGUAAGUGCUUAAGUAUUGAAAAGUAGGCAAGAGCAAAUGACUUCAGCCUUUAAAUGGCGAUUCUAAAUGAGCUGUUUGUAGAAUUUUGAAAUAAAGUUUGUUGUAAUUUCAGGGCUGUCAACCCUCACGUCUUCCCUUCCCCACUUCAGCGAUUAAUCUGAUAAUAUUGCAAAUAUGCGUGCUUUACGUGCUUAACAUUUCAAUAUGUACUUGCUUGUUAUUAAUAUUAUGUAUUCAGUUUUGCUUGGUUAGCUACGCUUGUACUUUCUGGUUCACAUACAUUAAAAGUCUGUUCAUUUUGUUACUUGACUGUGUCACGCGAAAUUUCGUCGUCUUAUUUCAAUUAUCCAGGAAAUUUCAUACUCUAAUCUGGAGACCGGUAGAUGCAGUCCAAAAUCUCGGCCGGGUUGUUCGAAGCUGCAAUCGGCGACAAAAUGAGUUGAGACACUUCGCCCAAAAUUAGGAUUUUUUACGUUUUAUGAACUUCAAAAGGAGGAAAUAUAGCUUUCCUCCCCCAUCCCCUCCGUACAAUGUUGUGCCCUUGUUCUAGCUACCUAUAGAAAACAACAAACACCCCAACUUUGAAUGGAGGGGAAUUUUAUGAACUUCAAAAGGAGGAAAUAUAGCUUUCCUCCCCAAUCCCCUCCGUACAAUGUUGUGCCCUUGUUCUAGCUACCUAUAGAAAACAACAAACACCCCAACUUUGAAUGGAGGGGACAGGGGAGGGGUGCGGAUUCUUUUGUUCUCCAAAGUCACCCUAUUUAAGUACAAUGUCUCAACAAUUUUGUCGCCGAUUGUGGUUCACUUCGAAAAGACCUAAUUUCGGUUAUAGCCCCCUUUGAAGAAUUGUGUUGCAAACCGAAAUAUCGUGCAAAUAUAUAUAAUUCACUACUUUAUUUUUGUUUCCUUUCUAUAUUUUUUUCUUCACUCUUCCUGCCGUAAGGAUCAGUUUACUGUUUUAAUAUUAAAAUUUUUGUGCUCAAGAUUUUACUGAUCCAGGUCUACUAAAGUUCUGGCUGACCCUCACUGGUUUGUCGUUGUGGUUUUGCCUUCACAAGUGCUAGUGUUUCUGGGUUAAGAUAGGCCAGGGUUUAUAGUGCGAAAUUUGAAUUCAGAUAUGAAAACUUUAAAAGCUAAUUCAGUUUAAUUCUCUUUGUCUACACUUUGGUGGGUUGAUGCUCUAAAAAAUUGGCGAAAAUUUGAACAAAAGAGAAAGAAACCUGGGUUAAAAUUUAACCCCGGGUUAUAGCUAAUCGGCCUUGAAACAACUAGACCCUGGAGUCUCCCGGAUUAUCCGGUAGCCGUUGAAAGCACUGUAAUUUUGACUACCGUUGUAGUACUGUUGUCUCUGAAUUAAAGAGUCACCUGUUUAAUAAAAAGUACUUUUAUCGUGUGGCAUGUUGAGAAUCUUUCCUCAAGGUCUGACAUUAUUCUGGCUGUUGAACUAUUCAAUUACCAUAGCCGCCUAAAUUUGGCUUUGAUACUUGCGGACUGAGGUCAAUAAAGUGUAGAUCGAACGCAACUUCCUUCCCAUGACUCUCUCCGACCAUGGCGAAUAGGUUAGAACCCUGGGAACGAGGCAGGAUCCCACGCUGUGCUACGAUCUACAUAGUCUCCCUCGCAGCCGUAUUUGUCUUAUCACGCAACGCUUCUCCCCGCUCACAUUCGAUCAGAGCUAAUCACAGCCAUGGUUCUAUUUUCUGGAACUGUUUCGCGCCAAAUGAUCCUUUUACAUGCCGUCCAAUCAUAGCUUGCAUGUUGACUAGUCUUUUCGAAAUUACAAGGGCUUCAGUAAAAUUGUCCAAAGACAGCCAUUUCAAUAGUUAAGACGCAUGUGCAAAGCAAUUUACCACCCCACCCCCCUCCCAACGCCAAAAAAAAAUGAAGAAACAAAAACAAUCUCCAGUGGACGUGCAACGGGAUGAGCGCUUGAUGUAAGCCAAUUGAAGAACCUUUUUAGGGGGAAUUAGCCAGGUUCUCACAACAUACAGAUGAUAAUUUUGUUUAACUGGCUCUUCUAUAUUCAGUCCACUGUCAAGAAGUUAGUCCACUUCUAUUGCUAAACCAGAGUUACACCCAUUUUUAUAUCAGCCAGAAAACCAGCUGCCUAGUGCAAACUAAUGCUGAGUAAGUCUAAUCUGAUUGGCUGAAACAGCCUUAAUAGCAUGAAACCUUCGAUAUAAUUACUUUGUCAAAAAGGUUUUUAUAUCUAAGUUUUAACUAUUAAUCUUAAGUCAACUGGCCAAUACAAAACAACGUGAACAAUAUAAAAACUACAAGAUAUCUACACGCGUAUUGACUUUUCACAUUAACAGAUAGGAAAGUAGUAAAAUUACAGUUUGAAAAUCCUGACUUGUUGUCGAUUUCGGAGAGAUGUGAAGUUUCUUCUCGGAAACUGAUUGGUCAAAACUUUUCCAUAAAUUAAGUACGGACGUGAUCGAAAAACUAUGAGGACAAAUUAAAAAUGAAGUUCGCGAUAGAGGGCAGAAAUUACAACAAUAGAUAUUUACUUUAAUCAUCACUAUUAUCAUUAAAAUAUUUUAAAUUGCAAGUAUAAACCAUCCAUUAUAUGAAUUUGAUCGAAAACACGGGAAACAAGCUAAAAAUUAACCAAAAUAAGGAUAAAGACCGUCAGUUACUGUAAAUCUAGAGUAGGAGUCAAGUCCGAGGUUGAAAUAUCAACCUUUUUUUUUCAUUUAUUGUUGUAUGUAAUUCAGUUUUACUUUCGCUUUUGUAAGUGGUUGGUGUGUUGCCUAACCGGCUUUUACCAACCUAAUCGUGGUGAUGAUGAUGAUGAUGAAUAUCAAACCAUGCGAUAUUUUUAAGUGUAAACUGAAGUCUUUGUUGCAUGGAAACCUUAAUUGAACAUUAUUUUACGAUAAAAGGGUUGUCGUGGAAGUGGUGGAAAGGUAUUACAAUAGAACAUAUUUGUUUAAGAACGAAUUCAUGACAGGAGAAGGUUUAUGUUGAUAACUAUUUUAAACGUCGAACUUGUAGACGAAAGUGAAAUUCUAAACACGAGUCUUAGCUUAUUGAUACCCGACAUAACAUCCCGAUAAAAUAUCCUUUACUUAACUUAUCAUACAGUAACUCACUCAAGAACAUCCACUUAAUUUUAAGCAUAAAUCAAACGGGGUAAGAGUAAAGAAGAUCAAAGCUAAACUUUCCAUUACUUGAUGUUUAACACUUUUAUACCCGGUUCUCGUUGCCAAAGUUGCAUAAAAAUACUUACCAUAUACAUAGAGUAGAGACUUACCCCCUUCUUUCCUGCACAGAACAUUGUGACGUUUGAGUAGUUGUUUGGAUACACGUGCACUAAAGAUAUGGCUCCCCAAAUCGUGCUUAUCUCCGGUUGUUCUAGCGGUAUUGGACUCGCUAUCGCUGUACUUCUCGCUAAAGAUGCUGAGAAACGCUUCAAGGUUUACGCUACCAUGAGAAACCUGGCAAAGAAAGGAAAACUGGAGGAAGAAGGAAAGGAUCAACUCGGAGACACUUUGAUUAUCAAACAGUUGGACGUGUGCAGUGAUGAAUCCGUCAAGAAUACUGUACAAGAAAUACUCGAUGCUGAAGAAAAAAUCGAUGUCUUGUGUAAGUAUCCAUAA